AUGGCAACCAAACCCAAGCUCUACUACUUUCGUGACAGGGGCAGGAUGGAGUCCAUCCGCUGGCUGCUGGCUGCAGCCGGAGUGGAGUUCGAAGAAGAAUUUUUUGAAACAAGAGAACAAUACGAAAAGUUGCAGAAGGAUGGACGCCUGCUUUUCGGCCAAGUGCCUUUGGUUGAAAUUGAUGGAAUGGCGCUGACACAGACUAGAGCCAUCCUCAGCUACCUUGCUGCCAAGUACGACUUGUAUGGGAAGGACCCGAAGGAGAGACUUAGGAUCGACAUGUACACAGAUGGCACCCUGGACCUGAUGACAAUGAUAAUGGUGCGUGCGUUCAAACCCCCUGCGGAAAAAGAGGAGACACUUACUUCAGUUGUGAAGAGUGCUAAAACCCGGUACUUUCCCGUCUUUGAAAAGAUUUUGAAAGACCACGGAGAGGAUUUUCUUGUUGGCAACAAAUUGAGUUGGGCGGACAUACAAUUGCUGGAAGCUAUUUUAAUGGUGGAAGAACUCGAUGCCUCUGUUCUUUCUGACUUCCCUCUGCUAAAGGCAUUUAAAACAAGAAUCAGCAACAUCCCCACAAUUAAGAAGUUCCUGCAGCCUGGGAGUCAAAGGAAGCCACCCCCGGAUAGCCAGUAUGUGGCACUAGUCAGGAAGAUUCUGCAGUUCUAA